AUGGCAUCCUCGUAUUAUAGGAAUAACCAUACUUCGUCUAUUCUGGUGGAUGGGGUAACUUAUACGGAACCUAGAGAUGUCAGAUUUCAUAUAAGGAAUUUCUAUAACUCUCUCUAUAGUCGGAAUAAUGGAGUUUGUUUUGAUAUCACGGGUCUUUAUUUUGCUCAGAAUGCCGAGGUUGUUUCCUUGAUUAAGUUGUUUGAUGAGGCUGAGAUCUUCAAAGCUCUUACUUCUUGCAGUGUGAAUAAGGCUCCAGGGCCAGAUGGAUUCAACUUUUACUUCUACCAAAGAGCUUGGUUGGUGAUGAAGGAUAUAAUUAUUGAUUUUUUCUGGAAAUUUCAUGGAUUUAGUACUCUACCAAAAGGAAUUAAUUCUUCCUUUAUGGUUCUGGUUCCUAAGAUGGAGAGGUCUUCCAACAUCCAAGAUUAUCAUCCUAUUAGUCUGGUUAAUGGAUUCUAUAAGAUGCUUUUUAAAACUCUUAGCAAGAGGCUAGCACCUAUUCUUUUGGAUGUGAUCUCAGAUAUCAACAUGUCUUUCUUAAUAAAGAAGUAUUCUGGAAUGUUCUAUGAUAGUAAUGAGCUUAUUCAUAUUACUACAAGGAAAAAGAAUAAGUUGCUUGUUCUGAAGUUGGAUUUUUAUAAAACUUUUGACAGUAUUGAUUGGGAGUAUUUGUUCUCAGUUAUACGUUGUAUGUAUUUUCUUGAGAAAUGGAUUGAUUGGAUUUCGUGUUGUCGUUCAUCGGCUACUACGAAAAUUCUUAUUAAUGGUAGCCCAAUUGACCCGAUUUCUUUAAAGAGGGGUGUUCGACAGGGGGAUCCGAUUUCAGCUUAUUUAUUUGUUAUUACUGUGGAGGAUGAUACUAUUUUAUAUCUCCCUUAUGAUAUCGAGCAACUUAGAAAUUUGAUCUCGACUAAUUUGGUUGGGUGUAAGAUGGAGUCCUUUCCAAUAAGAUAUUUGGGUCUUCCAUUAUCCAAUAGAAGGUUGUCUUUAGGUACUUGGAAUUUUGUUGUGGAGCGCUUUAAGUUGCAUCUAGCACAGUGGAAAGACAAUCUACUUUCUCCUGCAGGAAGUGUUGGAGAUAGAAGUGAUGCACCUGCUGUUCGUCAUCCGUUUUUGGGAGCACUGCUGAUCGAUUUUCAAUUUAUGUUAAUGUCUGGAACUGUUAAGAGAGCUGUUAGUGAAGCACGGAGAAGGGGAGCUGCUGAUGUUCAAAUAACGCCGACAAGAACUUAUGUGAAUCAGUACGAUGUGGGUUUUAUGGAGGGAAUGGCUGAUGUCGUUCAUGAUGAUUUUCAAGUUCAUGUUCAAUAA